UUGAAAGCACCAUGCGCUCCCCGAUUUAUUCAAUAUAUACGUGCCUUUGCGUGGUUUUACAGCUCAACUUCGCGGCGAGUGUCAAUUUCAAAGUUGGCGAUCCAAGCGAGACUGAAUUAUCCGAGAGAAGACACCAAGAUGCAUGGGAUACAUUGCCAGAUGUGUUGCGAGAAACACAUUUGCCAAGUGAACGCUCGUAUGGUGGGGGCUCAAUAGUAAAUCAACCAGCCAUGGCGCAAAUUAUUGGAGAGAACAAGGUACUAAAUGACCUAGCGGAAGAUCUAAUGUUCGAAGGUGAUAUUUAUCUGAGCCCACUGAAACAGAACAAUGCAGUAACCUACGAGACGUGGCUGUGGCCAAACGGCAUUGUUCCUUACGAAAUCGAUUCUGCGUACGAUUCGGAUUCUGUGGCAAAUAUCGAAGAGGCAAUCAGCCAAUAUCAUCAACAUACCUGUAUACAGUUUGUGCAACGUACCACGCAAGAAGACUAUGUGUACAUCUACCCCGGAAAUGGUUGUUAUUCCAGUAUUGGCCGAGACGGUGGACGCCAGCCAUUGUCUCUAGGGUACGGAUGUACGCGUCACCCCGUGACUACAAUGCAUGAGUUGAUGCACGCUGUGGGUUUCUUCCACGAACAGAGUCGAACUGACAGAGAUGAUUAUGUGUACAUCUUAUGGCAGAAUAUCCAGGAAGAACACAAACACAAUUUUGAGAGGCACGAAGCCGAUUACAUCAAUGACCUUGGAGCAAGUUAUGAUUAUUUUUCCAUAAUGCACUAUUCUCAUACAUCGUUCACAAUCGACGGUCAGUCAACCAUCUUACCGACUCAGGACUCAGGAGUGUCACCAGAAGACCUGGGAUCAAGUUUAGUGUUCACAGUCACAGACUUGUACAAACUGAACCGUUUAUACAAUUGCGAAUGUGGCAUUGAACAUCGGCUCUCCGCUGGUUCGUCUAUUGAAAUAAUGUCCCCCAAUCACCCCGGCAACUAUGACGAUAACGCCGACUGUACAUGGACCGUCAUCAAUAGAGAUGGAGGAACCGUUCGACUUGAAUUUGUUAGCUUUGACACUGAGAUUCAGUAUGAUUAUGUGCAGUUCGGUAGCGGGAGCUAUCCCAAUACGGACGCCGAACGGCAUGAUGGGAACGCGCUUCCGAGCGUCUUCAACUCGCAAUCGGAAACUGCGUGGAUAACGUUCCGUUCCGACAGUUCAAACGUUAUGACUGGGUUUAAAUUGUCGGCUACUGCAAUUGGAGGCGGAGAAGACGAAUGUGGUGGUAGUUAUGAACUUGGCGAGGGUUCAAUGUUAGAGAUAUCGUCUCCAAAUUAUCCCAACAACUACGGCAAUAACUUAGACUGUUUCUGGAAAUUUACGCAUUUCAGUGGGGGAGAAAUUAAAUUCCGUUUCACCAACCUAGAUACGGAACCCAGGUAUGACUACGUGCAGUUCGGCGAUGGGAGUUCUCUCGAUCAAAACGCUGCCAAACACUCUGGCAUUACCACCCCAGCUGAUACUACGUUGUCUGGUGGCGAGGCAUGGGUCUUAUUCCAUUCUGAUGAAACAGCUACUAUGACAGGAUUUCAACUUCGGGUAGAAGGGCUUGGAGGAGAAUGCGGUGGAAACCAUGAAAUCGGCGAGGGGAGCUUUCAGUUGAUAUCUUCGCCAAACUACCCUGGUGACUACGGCAACGAUUUAGACUGCAUCUGGAUAUUUACGCAAGUUGAUGGAGGAAAUACCGAACUUCAUUUCACCAGUCUGGAUACUGAGCCAAACUAUGAUUACGUAGAGUUCGGGGCCGGCAGCUCCCCCGAUAAAAACGGUGCCAGACACUCUGGGAACAUUAUUCCGUCUGAUGUCACGUUUUCCAGUGGCAUGGUGUGGGUGUUGUUCCAUUCUGACCAAUCCUCUACCAGACCUGGAUUCGAACUGAGAGUAUCGGGGCUUGGAAAUGGCGGUGAGGAAGUCGUCGAAGAUUGUGGUGGACAUAACGAGUUAGCCGAAGGCGUUCUACUAGAAAUCACUUCACCAAACUAUCCAAAUACGUACGGAGACAACUUGGACUGCGUAUGGACAUUUUCUCAUAUAAACGGCGGAAGUAUUGAAUUCAAAUUUAUUGAUUUCGAAACGGAAGUAGUACAUGACUUCGUACAGUUUGGUAGUGGUGACGUCGUUGAUCCAUCCUCGACAAAACACCAGGGCAGUGUUAUUCCAUCUGAUUACACUUCUUCGGGCAGUGCUGCUUGGCUUUCGUUGCACACGGAUGCAUCGGUCAAUAUGCAAGGAUUUAGGGUUCGGGUAAUGGCAGUAGACGGUGGAGAUGACAAUGAUGAUGAUGACGUGGGGACACAAUGUGGUGGCAACUUUGAAGUCUAUGAAGGUGAGGUAUGGCACAUUGAGACACCUUAUUAUCCGACCAACUACGUAGAUAACCUGGACUGUACGUGGAUGUUCACUGGCAUGAUGGGAACUGAACUGGAGGUCAGAUUCCGCUCAUUCGACACCGAGGCGGUGCAUGACUAUUUACAGCUUGGUAACGGAAACACGGUGGAUGAACAUGCUGCCAGAUACUCAGGCAACACGUUACCGGAUAAGUUUGUGUCACAGGGUACAAGGAUGUGGAUGACGUUUCAUUCUGACGGCAGUGUCAAUGACAAAGGCUUCAGAGCAACUUAUGCCCUUUCAAUAGUACAGGCCACUCUUGAACUUGCGUUGUUUGUUAUCGCUACAUUUUACUCCAGUGUGUGUCUCCCAUAUCACACGUCCUCCCUGCACUACAGAUUUGAAUUUGCAAGACACGUCUGCACUACAAACAGAUUUCAAUCACAACAGAGACGAUUGUUAUAA